AUGUCGCAAACCAUAAGCUGGUGUAGUAUCGAGAGCCCUGUUCCAGGACUCUUGACUUCCCAAGGAAAUGAGGUCACCUAUUAUUCACAAACCUGCGUUGAGAUCGUUGAGAUUGUCCCUUUUGAGAAGACUGACAUGGUGAUACGGCCACGCCGCGACGCGGACACGGUGGCAAGACCUCGAAAACCCUUGAAGAAGGUUAUGUCCCAGAUCUCACCGUUGUCAACGCAAUGGCUAAUCUUCCGGGAAAAAAUUCGGGCAGCCUCGCCUGAAGAACAGCGUCAAUUCUUCCAACUCUGCGCGGCCUUUGCUCCUGAGCAUGGUAAACGAACAGACGAAGAAUGGCGAGAUUUCAUUGGACGUCUGCCACUAACAGUAACGUACCCUCCAUCACCCGUGCUACUUCAUCUGUCCUUCGAAGCUCUCCGUGCGAGCUGUGCAGGAUCACAUCCCCCUUCUGACCCUAGGCUCCUCCAAAGAUCUGCAAACGAUAACUUAGCUGAACUAAGGAAGCUUCUUGGCGCAACGGAACACAUAUCGUGCAACAGAUUAGCCUUAGAGGAUCGAAUCGUUUGCGCUGUGCCGAUCGGAUUCGUCGAAGAGGUGUACAAGAGUUUGCCGAUUGCCUUGAUCAACGACUUGCCGUUCGAGACAGUCUCACGCGCUCUGAAUGUGAUUGAUAAUAUGGAACUUUGUACGCAUAAACCAGAGAAUAAGUUCCGAGUGCUUCUCUGGCAAUGUGCAGUCUCGCAAGAGGAUAGCAAUUCGUUUCGCAAUUGGAUGGCCUCUGAAGAGGGCAAGCGUCACUAUCUCAAAGCCAAAGACAGUUUAUGCCAACUUCUCACUGGAGAAGAAUUUGAGUUGUCUUUAACGACUUUGCGAUGCUACGAACUGGUUCUUGGUGACGACAGUUGGUGGGGAGAUGGAGAUAACGACGACUCAAGGCCUGUGGACGAGACAUGGCCUGUGGGCGAGACAUGGAUCGCUUCAUUCACAGCGCACCAGGGUGGAUCCGUACAACGACCUCGGCCGAACUUAUGGCAAAUAGUGGGCUCUUCUUUCAAGCUCGCCUACAGCAAAAUCUAUCCCUCAACUGCUCUCCGCUGGUUGGAUACGGUCCUGGAUGAAAGGUCUUCCUCAGAUGGGUUGGUCCAGACAUUCUGGGAACGCCCACUGGGUAUUAUGGUCCCUAUGGACAGAUCUCUGAGAGAACUGAGCUCCCAAAGCCACGCCGGAACCUAUAUUGAGCAAUUAAUUCGUUGGAUGUCAGAUGCCCGAGACGAGAUCGAAAUUAGCACGCCGACUCUUCCUCUGGUUCGGGCUUUAUUACUUGCCGCACUUUGCUACCAAUAUGACGACAGUAUCACGCUGGCUUCAGAUUGCUUCGAGAAAGCCAAGGCUAUGUUUGAUAAGAUCCUCUUUUUCCUUGGGGGCCUUGAUGGACUUGAAGAGAGACUUCCAGAUGAUGACUUUUGCGACUUAGCCCUGGCAAGCUGGGGCUUCUUCAAGUACGACCAGUUCUUCGCGUUUCUAGACCUUACAGACAGAAGCCCUGUUUUAGUACCUCUGGUGCGCUUGAAUCUGGGGCUAGUGCAGGAGAAAUACGGCAGACAAGCUGAGGAAAUUCUUUUCAAGAAGCAGUCAUGUAUCAAUUUCAAAGCUCAAGCUUCCAACCUGCAAUGUUCUUCCGUCGCUUUUGAGCCUCUACUCGCAAUGCUUCGAGCAUUUAAAGCCCUACAGAUACCCACAGACCUGAUAUCUGGGGAGGUAACCUACCCUAUCGCUUACUUUCAGUGUGUACAUUGUUACGCAUACAUUUACUACCAAACUGUCUCUAUAUGCCGGUCUCUUCCCUAUGAAGCCCCACAAGAUCUUUGCGCGGAGCUUUCCCAAUGUGCGGAGAAUUACAGAGGCCUUGUUAUCGAGGCCCGGGAACAGUUAGAGACUCUUCAAAACUUGGAAAGGAGUCGCCUCAUAACAUUGUAA